AUGGCUUACGAAGAGGUCACCACCACCACUACCCAGACUCAGAUUACUGGUGAUAUCACCCCCGGCGACCUCGUCUCCGUCAACCACGAGCGCUAUGGCCGCAGGGAGGGCCUCGUCGUCGGCCAGUACAUGGACUACGCCGGCCGCCAGAUCGUCGAGGUCCAGCUCGAGCCGCACGAGAUCUACCAAGCAUGGUACCCCACCGUCACGCGUGUGAAGCGCACGGUGUCCUACGCCCGCCCGCAAAUCGCACGCCCUCGCGAGCGCACCGUCGAGCGCCGCAUCUACUGGUGA